AUGGCUAGCUAUGGCGGAGGUGCCGGAGGCGACGGCUCGCUCAAUUCACUCCUCGCCCAGCUCCAGCGCCAGCACUCGCACCAUUCGCAGCAGUCCAGCGGCCAUGAGAACCACGAUCCAUCUGUUGCAGCGCAGUACCAGCAUCAGCACCAUCAGCAGCAGCAGCAGCAGCCCCCCUCCGUCUACGAUCUGCGUUCUCAAUUCAAUCCGUACAACAGCAACAAUCAGCAAGCUUCCCAUUAUCAUCACCACCAGCAUCAGCACGUGGAUGAGUCGUACCCUUCUCAAGACAGCACCGACUACAACCCUCCGGCCGCGCCGACCCCGCCCGCUGGUGCGAUCCAUCUGACCAGCUUCACCGCGAUUCGCUCAUCCGCCACCUCGAACCAGCAGCCGAGCACCAUUCAUGCUCCUGCGCCCUCUUCCGCCGAUCCCACCGGCCUGCUCGCUGCACUUAUGAGAGGCAAGUUCCAGGACGACGAGACCAAGUCGGAACAUUCGCCCAAGCCUCAGGCUCAGGAGCCUGUGACUGACAACAGCUGGAACACCGCGCCUCCGCCCGAGAAUACUCAGCAGUACUUGCUCAACUUGUUGAACCGGCCCAAGCCUAGCCAGAGCGACGCCCGCCCCGAGCCUCAUGCGCCGAGCGAAGCCGAACACUCAACCAAGAUUGUCUCCCCCGCAAGCGAGCAAUCCAACAAGCAGGACUUUGCUACCCUCGAGCGGGCCCUGUCCGACUCCACUAGUCGCGCCAAUCCUCCUGUUCCCGCUACUAGCACGUUCGAAUUCGCCUCUCCUGACCCUGUCCCCCCGCCGCAGCAAAAGUUCAAGCCUUCCCCAGCCCCCGCACAGUCGAGUCGAGAUGGCACACCUGCUACAAAGUCUGGCAUCUUCAACUAUACCAAUCCAUUCGAUGAGCUCACUGCUUCAGUGUCUCCCCAGAACCGGGCCAGUAGAAAGUCUACAACCCCCGGCGCGUCCGCUUCUACCAGCGUCCAGGGUCAAGCUCCAGGCCUGGUCCAGAUCUUGAAGAAGCCUGGAUCGGCCGGUGGACCCGAGCACAAGCGCCUGUCAAGCACCAGCAGCCACCUGGAAGGUCGCGAGACUGUUCGCCGAAAGGUGGAUGCUCCCAACUCGCACGACCACAAGGGCGAGCCGUCGCAUCCAGGCGAUGGGCACGAUGCUAGACCCAAGGAGACAGUGGCUGAGGCUGUAAGCGAUAUCGCCAACACUGCGGAUCUGCAGGCACGCGAGGCAAUCAACCGUGCUGAAGAUGAGCAGGCCCAGGCCAGGAUCACCCAGGAUCUCAAGGAGCUGAUGGCUGCUCAGACAGACAAGGAGUUCGAUGAGGCGGCCGCCACUGCUGCUUCAGACAUCAGGGACGAGCUCGAGAAGGACGAGAACAGGGCUGCCCUCGAGGCUGCAUUCCGUCCCGAGGUGGCGAAAGCUGUGCGAGACAUCGUGGACGAUGCAGCUCAGGGCCCUGUCGCCGACAGCUGGGAGAGCGCUGAGGCCGAAGACGAGAUUGUGGUCAUCGAAGAAACCACGAGUCCCGUCAAGGUCUUCAACUUCCCCAUGAAGCCAUGGAUCUCCAUCUCGAUCCAGGAUGGCGCUAAUGACACUCGCCCUGUCUUCCGCGAUGAGGCCAUCCUCGACAUUGCGCGGCUCAAGAAGGAAUUUGACCAAAUCGACCGCAACCUUGUGGCUGCUUCUGAAGCAUAUCUGGCAUACGGGAUGUCUAAAGCUGGCGGUCUCCGAGUCAUUAGGCAGGACGAUGGCCGUGAUGCCAAGUUGUUUGCUGAUACUAAGGAUCGUAUUUUCAACCUUGCCAUUUCUUCCACCCCGGCAGACCAGGACAUCACCCAGAAGGAGGCUAUCGUUGGCACUGGCAUCAGUGGCACGGUCUAUUGGGUGCAGGUCAGGGACGGUGAGAAGGACCACCUCGACGAUGCUCAUCUUGAGCAAUACGGAUUUGCUCUGCCGCCAAGCAGUGCACAGGAGGGUGGGGACGCCCCUGGUGGUGUUUUGAAGACACGCGCUCGCACUUCGACGAACCACCCGGAGUACUUUGCCGUUGGCCGCGGCAAAUCGAUCAAUAUCAUCUGGCCGUCGUUUGUCUUGCAGAGAAAUCUCAUCAAGCCCGGCCACGACCGUGUCGUCGACACCGACAGACUUGCCAAGGAGUGCUCGCUGAAGAUCAACACUGGAAAGGCUGGUAAGGACUUCACUUUCAGUCAGGAUGACUCUGUGGUUGUCUCGCUUGACAAGUCGGGCCGCGUCAAAUUCUGGGAUGUCCGUGACUUGACGGCCCCAGACGAGGAAUCUGAUCCUCGCAACCCGAUGCCAGCACACACCUCCGCCGAGGUGAAGGAGCCGCUGAUGACUCUCACAACGACGCCAGAAGGAGAGAAGGCCUGGCCCACUUCUGUGCUGCUGUUGGAUAAGCUCCGGCCGUACCAGAAGCGCACAGCGCUGCGUUACUUAAUCGUGGGUAUGAAACAGAACCACACGUUGCAGCUCUGGGAUCUGGCACUGGGCAAGCCUGUUCAAGAAUUCAACCUUCCUCACAGCAAGGAAUCCGACGCUGUCUGCAGUGUCAUGUAUCACCCUCCCUCUGGCAUCAUUGUUGUUGGUCACCCGACGCGGAACUCCGUCUACUUCCUUCACCUUUCGGCGCCUAAGUACGCGUUGAAGAACAACCCGUCUCAGGUCGAUUACAUCCAGAAGUUGGUGGCGCAAGAUCCCUCGAUUCCCACUCCUGACUCUACCGCAGUCAUCAGUGGCAUGCGGGAGUACUCGUUCGCCAACAAGGGAGUUCUGCGAAGCCUUUAUCUUCUCCAGAACCCUGCUUCCUCCAGCGAGGGCGUUGAAGCGACUCUCUUUGAGCUCUACGCGAUGCACUCUAAGGGGGUUGCGUGUCUUUCCAUCAAAGCGUCCGAGCUUGGAUGGGACGAUGACAACAAGGUGAUCAACCCCGUCGACGCUACACAAGCCGGCGUGGUCUCCAUCACGAAGCUAAGGCCACCGCCGCCUCAACCCCAGAACCAGCUUCCCGAGGAAGGAGCAGCCCAGCCCUCAAUUCGCCUAGCCGUGCGGCCAAAGGAAACGGCCCCAGAACCUGCACCAGAGCAAUCGACGCGAAAGGUGGCCACCCCACCAAAGCACAAGGAGGCCAAGGAGGAAGAGCCUGCCGUGCCAGCUCCCGUUGACAAGCCUGAUAAGAAGGGAAGGAAGAAGAAGGCUGCUGCUGAAAAGGCUGCUGCACAGGCUGCCGCGUUGGCUGAGCGUGAGCGCGAAGCUGCUCAGACCAACGGUCACCCUCCCAAAGUCGUGGCUACCACGACCCACGAACCAGCCAAGGCUUCCAAAUCCUCGGCUUCUUCCUCAAUCUUCUCGCAGGAAGUCGACACUCGCAUCAACACGAUGGAGAAGCGCCUCGUCGAGAACAUUGCCAGCUCGUUUCAAUCCGGUCUCUCUGGUCUCCGCCAGAAUCUCGACAAGGACGCGAAGGCUCGUGAUGGCCAAUUUGAAGGGAGCCAGCUCAAGCUGCUUGGCAUGGUCUCGGAGGUACUCAACGAGAACUGCCAAGGUGUACUCGCCAAGAUCAUUGAAGAGGAGAUGGAGAAGUCUAUCGCGCCUAGGGUCGGCGAGGUCGUGACCCGCACUGUGACUGCGGAGCUUGGAAGCAGGCUCGGCAGUUCCGUGUCGCAGUCGGUGCAGAAGGAAAUGCAGCGCGCCCUGCCUCACUCCCUGGAUCAGGCUCUGCGGAAGCCCGAGCUUGUCAAGUCCAUGACCGACAAGAUGGUUCACACACUCUCUGCCAAAAUCGACGAGCAGCUCUACGCAGUCCUUGACGAUAGAAUCAUCCCUCGGUUCACCAAGCUGGCUACCGAGGCAGUGACAGCAUGCGGCAAGGAGAUUUUGGUCAAUGUCAACAACCAGUUCAAUGCAAUCGAGCAGGUGCGCAUGAAGGACAUGCAAAAGUUUGAGCAGCUCGUUGCGCUCAACACGAACAUGUCGGAGACUCUGAACACCAUGGUCACUGCCCAGGCGAGCUUCCAGGAGGAGAUCUUGAAGCUUCAGACCGAACUUGUCAAGCAGCAGCAGCGGAAGGUGUCGCCAUCGCAUCCAACUCGUUCUCGACAGAUUGGGCAGGAAGGUCAUGGACCAGGCAACGGCGCAUACCACAGCCCUUCUCACAGCCAGUCUCAGGCUCUGCAGCAUGUUGCGCAAGCUGUCGUUCCUCAGCAGCACUACAGCAGUCCACAGGCUGGGACACAGCAGUUCCCAAAUGCGGCUGCAGCGGCUCUUACCUCUCCGCAGCAAUGGGCACCCGCGAGCUCCAUUGUCUCCCCACAGCAUCAGCACCAGCAGUAUCCCAACCAACCUGUGAAUCCCAGCAUUCUGUCACUGCAGCAGUCUCAGCAGUAUGGAAGCCCGUCCAGCCAGCAGUCCAGUCAACUUACUGGCCAGCAACAAAUUCAGCAGCAGGGGGCCCCGCAAACACAGCCACUUACUGGAUCGCAGCUCUCCACGUCACAGGUCGUGUUCCAGCCGACUACCAAGGACAACCGUGAGCGUCUGGAUAUCGAGCAGGCUUGCGAGCGGGUGCGCACUUAUAUGACACAGGGCAAGUUCGACGACGCAGUCAUGACCUGGAUUCAAGACACCCGUAACGAGGAAGAAGUCUUCUCCCAGGUACUGGCCAAGUACGACGCUACUUUCAUUCAGAACCUGAACCCGCUGCUUCUCCUGACGGUUGCAGCGACUGUCACGGCAAACUUGGAAAACCCACAGCUGCUGCACACCAAGCUCGGCUGGACGGAGGUUGUUCUGGUCACGUUCUUUGAGGCUCUCCCCCGAAUCGAGGGACAAGUUCGCGAAAUCACCCCCAAGGUCAUGUCGCUGCUGAAGGGCCGUCUCGAGCAUGUAUUCCUGCGCCUGAGCAGCACGAUGCCUAGCGACCCUGCUUUGAGGAACAUCUCCAACAUGACGAGCCUCACGCAGCGAAUCACGGACUCCAUGCGACCUCUUGCCGCCAGCUCGUCGUACUAG